AGGUCGGAUUUUUUAUUUCGUUUUGGGAAAAUAAUAUUAUUUUAUUUUAUUUAUUGUUACUUUUUUAAUUUACGGAGGUCAGUGGAAAAUAAACUUCUUCCUCAAUCCCAAUAGACUCAAGAGGCGCGUUUUAGCCGACAUUUCUUCGAGUUACAGUUACACGGCGCACAUUAGCAACCUGUAAAAAUCCCAUUGUUAAACAUUGUUCUAAGCAAAACUCCUAUUUGCAGCUUCAGAUCACUCUCUCUCUACACUCCAAAUAAUGGCAACCUCAUUGCGGUUGUACUUGACUUGCAUACGAAACACUCUAGAGGCUGCAAUGUGUCUGCAGGCAUUUGAAAAUCAAUUUUUAUUUUAACACCACCCUCAGAUCUCAGUUUACUACACCUGCUUGAUGCUAUACCUUGUGUCUGUAUGCUCCUUGCAGAACUUUCCUUGUCAAGAAGUUGAAAGGCAUAACAAGCCGGAGGUUGAGCUCAAGACCAGCCCAGAACUUCUACUAAAUCCUGUUGUGAUUUGUCGAAAUGAGGCUGAAAAAUGCUUAAUAGAGACUUCCAUUAAUUCCCUGCGCAUAAGCCUCAAGGUAAAGCAGGCAGAUGAGCUUGAAAACAUACUAACUAAAAAAUUUCUUAGAUUUUUAUCGAUGAGAGCAGAAGCAUUUCAAGUAUUGAGGAGAAAGCCUGUACAGGGUUAUGACAUUAGCUUUCUUAUAACAAACUACCACUGCGAGGACAUGCACAAACACAAGCUCAUUGAUUUUAUAGUACAGUUCAUGGAGGACAUUGAUAAAGAGAUUAGUGAACUGAAGAUGUCAGUGAACACACGGGGAAGGCUGGUGGCAACGGAGUUUUUGAAGCAAUUUGUAUAACAAUUUGACAACUAUCAUGCUGCUCAUGGGCUUGUCACUAUCAGAUCUUGCCCUACCAUCCUUCAGUUUUUCCCUAUAAGGAAUACAACCAUGGUUUUGAGUGUCUUUGAACCAUCCACAGGCCAUAUGCAUAUAAUGCUUUUCAUAGUUUAGAAUGGCUAAAGGAUGUAGAAACUGUUUGGCUUUGUUUGUAAAAGAUCUUAUCUUUUUAACUGGAAUUGAAAACUAUUAGAUAUUUAAUCUA